AUGGCCCGCUCCAGCUCUCUGCUCGCGUUCUUGGUGUUGGCCCUUGGCUGCUCCGCGAUGCUUUGCUUCGUGGGCACAACUCCAGCACCUGCCAGCAAGUCGCUCCGCGCGCCAGCAGUUCAGAUGGAGGCACGAGGUGGUGCUGACGGCGCACUAGGCGACAUGACUCCCGACACGUACAUCAUCGGAAUCACGGUGUUUGGCAUUGCAUGCUUGUUCGCCAACAUCAGCGGAACAGGGAGCAUCAUGCUGUAUUUUGUGUUGGCCAGUAAAGACAGUCGUGCAGUGAUCGCAGCUGCGAGCCGGUCGUCCGGCACGCUGGAGUUGUCGGCCUUUGCCGUGGAUCAGACGUCUGUGCUUAGGUCCCGCGACUCUGAUGACGAGGAUGAGGACGACUGCUAUCGAGGCGUGGACCACGAGGUCAUCGAAGGCCAUACCGUGGGCCACACUUUCCAUGUAGCCAGCAGCGUGGGCGGGUGUGCCGGAAACCCAGAGCACCUCAAGUGCAUGGUCUGCAUGGAGGAGUUCAGGGAGGGCGAAGCAUUGCGAAGUUUGCCCUGCUUGCACCGGUAUCAUCAGCAAUGCAUUGACCAAUGGCUCAGCCGCAACGCAGAAUGUCCGAUCUGCAAGCAGGAUAUCACUGCGCCGCAAGACAUGCCUCCACCCUCUGCGCAGCAGGGCGCCCGCUCAAGGUUUACCAUGCCCUGGCGUUCCUGA